AUGUGCAUCACAGCUGGGUGCAUCGACUGGCUUCCCGUGGUGGGUGGCUGGCUGUUGAAGGCGUGGAGCUACUACGCCUACGUGAUCGUGUUCUGCGGCUCCGUAGUUAAGGACGACACGGUGCGGUUAGCCUUCAUCGUGGGCUUCCACGUGCUGAUGGCGCUGCUGCUCUGGUCCGAGCUGACGACCACCACCACUCCCGUGCCCAGUGUGCCGGCCUACUUCAGCCUGACCGAGGUGGAGCUCCGGCUCCUGCAGGAGGCACGCACCGAAGAGGCGCGCAAGGGCUUCCUUGAGAUCCUGGGUCGCCAGCGCGGGGUCCUGACCCGCGGCCUGGACGGCGCUGUGAGCUACUGUGAGGUGUGUGAACGCAUCAAACCCGACCGGGCGCACCACUGCUCCUUGUGCCGGCGGUGCGUGCUCAAGAUGGACCACCACUGCCCGUGGUUCAACAACUGCGUCUGCUUCAGCACCUACAAGGCAUUCCUGCUGACCAACAUGUACAUCAUCCUGCUGUGCACGUACACGUUGUUCACGGCCGGAAGCUACUUUCGCCAGGUGCCCUGGAAUCAGUGGCGCGUCACGGGGCCCGCUGUACAGGUGGGCACCAUGGUCGUCGUGUCGGUGGCCUUCUUCUUCUCCGUCGGCCCCUUCUUCUACUUCCACCUCACGCUGUUGGCGCUCAACCAGACCACGCUGGAAUCCCUGCGCAGCCCCCGGUUCGUGGACAAGGGCGACACGUUCGACAUAGGCCGCUGCAACAACUUCGUCGAGGUGUUCGGCCACACGUGGCUCCUCUGGCAGUUCCCAGUGCUCACCAGCCUGGGUGACGGGUCGCGCUUCCCCACCAAGCUGCACCCGCACAACCGCGAGCGUUUCCACUUGCACGGCGUUUGA